UGGCUUGAAAAUUGCACGCAUUAUUUUCAGUUUAAUGAAACUUUAAUUGACUGUGAAGUGUAACUGCAAUGUGUCCAAAGAGCGCCAAUGGCAGGUGUUAUCAACAAGUACCGCACCUUGGACUCUUGGAAGGCCAAGAUCAUUUGUGUAGAGCAAAGUGCAACAGAGCAUAAAAUUAUUCAUUCCGUAUGCCCCACACAAUCAUCAUAACUAAACACAUUUGAUUUGAACACAAUAAAGUGAAUUUUUUGGCCGUUUAGCGAAGAAUCAUUCUCCUUAUAACGAAUUUAUAAACAUGUGCUCAGUUACGUGGCUGGGAAGAGGUCUUGUUAGAGCGUGACUGGUAAACAAUCGCUACAGCCAAUAUAACACCAAAAUACAAUACCUAAUUAUACCGUAAAGCUACUUGAUCAUCAAAAUUCGCCGAAAUGCAUUUCUAGUGCGUGUGUUGCUGUUUGGUAGUUUCAUGCUUUAAUAUCUGUUGUGGUUGGGUCGAUUGUAUCUCAGGAUUUGCGUGUUAAUUUUUGUUACAAUAAAGGUUUUGAUCUUUUCUCCUUGGCACGAUGUUAACAAAGGCGGGUUAUGUUUACAACAAGACGUUGGUCGUAAUAACAAGUAUACUUCUAAUAUCUUUCAUGGCGAUACAACUCAACCAUCCCAUGUGGUUUCGACAUUUUCGAAGCGAUGCAACGCUGAGGAGGUUUUGUACGCCCCAAGAUGUUCAACAAGACAUGCUCAAGUUGACCUAUGAUAUCCAUAUAAUCCUAAGAGAUCUAAAUAUAACGCACUUUCUGAUGUACGGUUCGUUAUGGGGCGCCUUGAGGGUGAAUAAGCCUCUACCUUGGGACAAUGAUGUGGAUCUAGGCAUGAUCCCUGACGGGAAAUAUCCUUCGCUUUCCGAGGAGCAGUUUCUCACGAAAUUUCGGGAGAAGGGAGUGAAGAUUACGAACAACAUGAGGCAGAAGUCGAGUUUUAAAUUUGAGCGCGGAAAAGGAGCUGUUGAUUUGAUAAUAUACUAUGUAUAUGGCGGUUAUAUGAAGCGGCAAGGCUGGGAAGCAUGGCUGAUGACAAUACACUACAAUUUUCAUCAUACAUUUCCUAGGAACUUGAUUGAACCCAAGCCUUUGCCAAAGAGAACGUUCGGAUGGUUUAAGAUGCCCGUGCCACGAAAAGGCAUUGAAAUUAUGAAGCACAUGUAUCGUUAUGACUGGUGGGAGACUCCCAAACCCGAAAGACAAUGUUAACUUGUGGACUUUCAGAAUUCAGAGUCAAGAGUUAGUCAAGAGCAUAGUCAGUCGACUAUUAUAAUAUGGAUGUUUUCACAGAGAGCCGAGUGGAUCGUUGGUCAGAAAUAACGUCGUCUUCGCCCAGACAAUUUGCAACGAGCGUAUAUUUGGUCUUAUAUAAUUAGGGAAGAAUUGUCUAUUAGGAUUUUUGUUCAAAUUUAAUUAUUAAUCGACCUGUGUUGUUUCUUGUUGUCAAAAAUGGGAAGUGAUAUGGCUUUUCUGUGUCAAAGUUUUGGCCAGGCCACGUGGCUGGCACGAUUCGUGUGAAGUGACGAAGUCAUGUCAGGUUUUCACCGCGACCAAAACUAACCAUUUCAGUCGCGUCAAUAGAAUUUACUUUAUUUGCCGAGCAACGUCAGGCACGCGAAAACUGUUAGUGAAAUAAUUUAGCACCUUUGAUUUUGUUAAAAUUAUUUUUGAAGAAUAUUCAAAUGUAGUCUGCAAUUCAAAUGCUGAUAUGGAUAUCCGUGUAUUUUUUUUUCAAUUUUGAACAUAUUCGUAGACAAAACAUGAUUGUUUAUUUAACAAUUCCUAACAUCAUAUGAUUAGCAAUAUUAGCCUGAAGGCAGUCACGUCUCGCCAAGGCAAUAUAUGGCUAAAAAUGGACAAUUUCUCAGAUUGCCACAAAAGCCUGUAAAUAAGAAACACUUUUCAGUCGAGGUAGAGGCCACUUUUCAUUACAACUUUUGGCAAAGGUUUUGAAAUCGUUUACAGCUUGCACGUGGCGGGGUUUUUCAAUUUUUCCCCUUUUAACUAGGUUAUUUUAGAAUGAUUUUAUGGACCGUGAACAUCGUUGAAGCUGAGCCUAGCUGUAGCAUUCAAGCUUGUGAUAUUUUUGUACAGUUGAGACUGGAGUCUUUCAUUUCAAAAUCUUGUGUGAGAAAACAAUUAGACUCCUUCAUUUCAACUGGCCAGACAUGUUUAUACAUUAUGCAGUUGAUGAUAGAUCUUUGUUUGAAAAUCUAAUAAUUAUUGACUAAGCUUAGCAAAUAUUUACCCUGUUACCCAAUCGCUGAUGAAUUCUAUUCUUUAAGUGCGAAUGUGCGAUGAUAAUUAUUUGGUAUGAUAAGGAAUGAACUGUACAUAGAAACAUGCAAAAUUUAUUGCAAAAUUUCACUUCUGAGAUGCAGAAAAGAUGCAAUGAAUUAUCUGAUAACAACUUCAUCUAUAUAUCUCAGCAAUUAGAACUUGCAAUUACUUGAAUCUUAUUUGGAUGUGGGGCUCUC